AUGUCAAACAUAACUACCUGCAUCAAGACUCUCGGUCGGGGCAUCUGUAUCAUCACUGGAGCUUCCAAGGGUUUUGGACAUACCUUGGCGCAACAGGUGUGUAGUCUGCUGGAGUCUGGAUCUGUCCUGCUGCUGGUGGCUCGCACUGGGACUUUGCUCCAGAAGCUGACAGAAGAGUUGCAGAGCUCCACAUCAGCCCAGCAGCUGGUGGUUCGCUGUAUAGAGGCUGAUCUGAGCACAGAAGAAGGGGUGAAGGAGACAGUGAGGGCUGCAAAGCAGGAGGAUGUAAAGGAUGUAGACCAUGUGCUUCUUAUCAAUAAUGCUGCCUCUCUCCCCUCCAUUUCUCACUUUUCCAGCUUCAUCAACCCUGAUGAAGUGAAUUCCUAUCUUUUCUUUAAUGUGACUUCUGCUUUGACGCUGACUGCUGGGAUCCUACAGGCAUUUCCACCAAGACCAGGCCUGAGAUGGACUGUAGUUAACAUCUCCUCAGCGUUUGCACUGCAAGCUUUACCAUCCUGGGUGCUGUACUGCACCGGUAAGGCCGCAAGGGAGAUGAUGUUCAGGGUAUUGGCUGCAGAGGAGCCAAACGUCAAAGUCCUCAGCUACUCUCCAGGUCCUAUGGACACAGAGAUGCAGGAGGAGAUUUGCAGGUUGACGGGUGCCUGUUACGAUUUACUCCCAUGUCAGGAACCUGGAGCCAAACUGAUGAAGUUACUUCUGGACAACAACUUUAUCUCAGGAUCACACAUCGACUUUUUUGAUGCAUGA